AUGGCGGGCGACGGCCCCCCGCCACCCCCGCCCAAGCGCAUGCACCUCCGCGUGUGCGUGCGCCUGCGGCCCAUCUCCCCCGACGACUCCCCCCUCGUCGAGACGGAAAACCGCCUCCUGCGAAUACGCGACCCCCACAGGGGCCACGCCAGCGAGUUCGUCUUCGACCAGCUCUUUCCGUCUUCGGCCGGCCAGGAGUUCGUCUACCAGGCCGUGGGGGCUCCUCUGGUGGAGCAUGUACUGGGAGGGUACAACGCUUGCGUAUUCGCCUACGGGCAGACGGGCAGCGGGAAGACGCAUAGCAUGUUUGGGGGUCCGGGAGGAGAGUGGGGAGAACGGGGGCUGACGCCAAGGGCGGCCGAGGGGCUGCUCCAAGGGGCGGCGAGGCUCGACGGGAGAGGCCAGGGGAGGGUGCAGAUGUACGUGUCCUUUUUGGAGAUCUAUUUGGAGCACGUGAGGGACUUGGGGAGGGCGGCGGGGGCGCUGCUGCCGUCGGGGGCGUGGCCUGGGGGAGGGGGGAGGCGCAGCCGGCCGUCCAGCGCGAGGGAAGACAGGUGCGAGGACCUGGACAUACUGGAGGACCCCUCGGGUCUGACCUUCGUCAAAGACCUCACGCACGUUCAGGUGAAAACCGUGGAUGACGUCAUGACAGUUCUGAACGCCGGCCAGGCCCUCCGCCAAACCGCCAGCACAGCUCAAAAUGACGUGUCCUCCAGAUCCCACACGGUGUUCACCCUCACGGUGGUGCAGCACCCAGACGCUGACGGUCCCGGGGGCGGGCAGCCCUUCGUUGGAAAACUGAACCUGGUGGAUCUGGCGGGAUCGGAGCGUCUGAACAAGAGCCACUCAGCAGGUGUCAGGCUGCAAGAGGCCAAGGCCAUCAACACGAGCCUGACGGCUCUCGGCAAGGUCGUCAUGAGCCUGAGCCACGAGGGGGACCACGGCCACGUGGCCUUUCGGGACUCCAGGCUCACGAGGAUUUUGAAGGACAGCUUGAACGGCAACUCGUACACCACGCUGCUCGCAAACCUCAACCCCAUCGCCGAGAACUACGAGGAAUGCUUCAACACGCUGCAGUUCGCUUUGCGGUGCUCGACCAUUCAGACCGUGCCCCACAUCAACGUGCUGACAGCGGGCACUACUCAAGAUAAGGUCAUCGAGCAGCUGACGCGCAAGAUAGAGGACCUCAAGGAGGAAAUUGAGAGGAUGCACGCCCACUACCAGAAACUGAUCGAGCAGAUCGCCGGUCCGGAUUACACCAGGUCCCUGGGACUCCUCGAAAUAGGGCCCCCAGGAGAGGAACAGAAUGAACAGGACGAAGGCGACGCUUACCGUGACGCCGUCGCCUUGCCUCCUGAUCUCGGGAACACCAAAUCUCGAGCGGCCAGCGCCGCGGGGACGCGCCCCGUUUCCGCGCGCGACUCGGAAGGCACGGCUGCCACCGGAGUGCGGAGCAGGAGGACAAGCAGGGCGCCUAGGGGAGGAAUGUCCCUGCAGAUGGUUGAGAACCAGAAGGCCCACCUCAUGCACGAGCUCGAGAGGCAAAAAAGCUACGCCAAGGAAUUGGAGGAACAACUUCGGCGGCAUCGAUCCGAGCUGGACGACAUGAGGGAGAGGAUGUUUAGGAGCGAGCAGCAGCAAAGGGCGGACAAUCGUAGACUGAGAGAGAGUCUCCAAAAGGCGAGAGAGCAGGCCUUGGAGAAGGGCCAAGAGGGCGAAUUCAACCUAGAGGAGCAGAAGAGAGUAUUGGGCGAGGAGAUCAACCGGCUGGAGGCCAGCAACGAAAAGCUGCGAGGGCAGCUGAACCACUUCACCACCUACAUCGAUGAGCUCACAAACGACCGGAACCGCGACGCGGCAAAGUUCAAGGAAUCGGAGAGGCGCAUGAAAGAGGGCGGGGAGAUCAGAUACAAGAAAAUGGCGGAGCAGGUCGAGAAAGACAGGGCCAGGGAAAUUGAGAGCCUGACUCAACGCCACUCUCAGCUGCUCACGGCGAAGGAAAGAGAAGCCUCCGAGCUGCGAACACUCUUGGAAGACACCACUGCUCGAAGCACCGAACAGGUGAAGACCCUGAAAGAGGAGGUCGAGUACCUAACGCUCUACGCCAGACGCAUGUGGCACAUCUUCGAGGGCCUUUGCCAAGGCCGCUACCCCGUGCAGGCAGCUAGGGGCGUGAGGUCGUUACGAAUACCGGCAGCGGACAGGCCUGAGAACCUGGACACGCCCCGAAUGGAGCGGCUGCAGGCGAGCGUGGCGCGGGCAGGAGAUUUCAUUCUGGCUGUGGAGGGGAGAGGACUGGAGCAGGCCAGCGCCACGGCGGGUGGCGACGACACGGCAACGUCUCAGGCCGCCAGUCGCAACAACGACUCGUCGACUCCUGCGACCGAAGAGGUGGCGACGGAUUCCUUGCCGCAGUCCGUGCAUUCGAGCAAGUGGAAAGCGGGGGCGGGAGAGUCGGAAGCAAGAGCGGCGCCGGAGGAAAUCGGUGAUGAGCCUCCUGACGAGGAAGACCUUCUGCCCGUGGUGCAUGCGCUGCAACAAAAGAUACAGGAGCUGGAGCAGAGGGGACCCACGGAAGACAUGCGCCGACAAAUCGGGCAGGAGAUGAAAGACGUCAUCGAAGCGCAGCUGCUGACGGAGAUGACGUCGCAGGGCACUGUGGACUACAUCCGGAGCCUUGAGGCCCAAAUCGCGCGGUACCGGGUCGAGAUCCAGAACGAGCGGCGGCGCAACUUCGACCUGCAGACGGCCCUGAGGUCGGCGCAGCGCAGGACGGACAGCGCACGUAGCGGCCCGUGGCGCGGGCGGAGGGACGGGCCCCAAGGGACCGCCUGGGCGACGCCCAGGAGCCGACCAGCCUCCUCCCCCGGCAAGCACACGGGUAGGCCCGCCACCGCGGGCCCGGCGGUCCUGUCCAGCGGCGCAUUGGCUUUGAGAAAAGAUCGGAUUGGAUCGCAGCCGGGAUGCGGCUUCGGAUCAAGAGGGGGGCAGAUCCGGUCACAGUCGGGAUCGGGAUCAGAUCGGGCUGUGGACUGCCUUAAGUUCCAAAUGUGGGAGCGGGGCGGGUCUGGAGCCCUGUCGGAACGAAGCAAGGGGGGUGGGGAGUCCAGCGUGCCUGGUAGCGGCGUGGCGUGA